CAGCGACUCCGCAGCUUCCACGGUAGAGCUCACCGUAAUUCAAUGUCACAAAAACAGAUUCUCCACCCAUGAAGCUAUUACUUAGGGGGCCUGGGGUUUUGCGCCCGGCCCUAGUCCCGCAUUAUGUAAAUUGUAUUUCGAAAUUCCCCCCACAGCGAAGACUUCUUGCAUCAAAAGCUUGCGACCCUUUAAGAAUCCUUUUCUGUGGCUCCGAAGAUUUCAGCAUCGCGUCGUUACGUGCUCUUCACAAAGAACAUCUUGAGGGGAAAAGCGGCAUUGCAUCGAUUGAUGUGGUUUGUCGGCCAGGAAAAUGGGGAGGGAGAGGAAAUAAGUUAUUUCGCGAAGUGCCCAUCAAAGCUGUCGCGGGACAGCUGGGACUCAGAGUUCAUGAGAUAGAUACGUUCACAGGGUGGAAUCCGCCUACACCACACGGACAACCUGUGAACCUUGUAAUUGCCGUGUCGUUCGGACUAUUCGUUCCACCGCGUAUACUCAGAGGAGCGAAGUAUGGCGGUCUCAACGUCCACCCGUCCUUUCUGCCAGAAUUCCGAGGCGCUGCGCCUAUCCACCACACUCUCCUUGCCGGUUGCAAUACGACAGGUGUGACUUUGCAGACUUUGGACUUUGGAAAAUUUGACCAUGGCAAGAUUCUUGCUCAGACACCCUACCCUGGCAUCGAUAUCCCAAACCCUGAAACGUGUAAAGUGCAGCAGCUUAUGGAAAUUGUGGCGCCGAAAGGCGCUGAGAUGCUAGUCCAGGGCAUUCGCGACCGAGUGUUCGUGCCGCCUAUAGAAGAAGCUGGCUGGAAUCACUCAGGCGCGGAAGGAGGCCCAUUCAAAAUGGCACCGAAGAUUACGCCGGCGGAUAGACAUAUUGAUUGGGCGUCUUGGUCAGCGAAAGAGAUUAUGCGGCGAGCGCACGUCAUUGGACCCCUGUGGAGCAAAGCCGCUAUUUUAUCAGGCAAUAACACAACCUGGAAAAGACUCAUUUUUGAGGAUAUCCGAGAAUGUUCAGAACUCGAACCUAGGCCUGAGUCUCCCGGUCUACCAUUCCUUGGUGGCCCCGAGCCGGGGUCGAGGUUACUCGUGGGGACAUGUGAUGGCAAACUUCUUAGCAUUGGAAAAGUCAAGAUGGAAGGUACAGUCUUGAUGGAUGGUGUCGCUGCCGUAACCCGUGCAGGGCUGCUGGACAUUUCUGCACACGCCGACGGCUCAGAAGAGCUGGCAAGCUUCCGUACUCCGCUCGUUUGAUCGGAUUUUACGCUGUUGAUAGAAUGUCAUUGUUCUGGGUAAGAAAAGAAGACCAGCUGAACCAUUUCAUAUAAGAGUACCGUCAUUGACAGGCAGCAUUGACCGCAUUUUUGAACACACAUUGUCAAGUUUUGUUUUAUGGUAAUAGAGUCCCAGAUUAAAUCAUAAUUGUUGAAAGAAAAUCCGAAAUACAAGUGUUGGCCAGAUCAACACCCAGUAUUGCAUAGCCAGUUUCAUGCGAGCUCUGUUAGCCGAUGGUCGGCACUACGGCUCACGACUGCAGGAAUGACAAUGAUAUGGCUAAGGAAACGCCGUCCACCUGCAGCGCCGUAAGAAUCCAAUGUCAAACAUUCUUCGCCU